ACAUACAUGCAUGCGUCAGCGCGCAUAACUAGGGGAAUCAGCUGAAUUAGAGACUCUAAGGUUCCGUUCAUUUUUAUUGUAACUAGGAUCUUUCAGGUCAGUAAAAAGAUCCGUUCAUAGUGAACGGAACGUUCCUGAACGACACAUCUCUACUGGAUAGUCGUUUGGUUAUAAUCAGUUACAAUUCGAUAGCAGCCGGCAUUAAUCGGACCGGCAUUGGCAUUUUUUCACUGUUAUUCAUCUCGUUUUGAAGUUGUUUUGUAAUCAUGAUUGUAUUUCGAAGCAUGACAGUGGAUAAAUACAAAAGUAAUUACAUGACAUUCCAAUUGUUGUACGCAUUUCAUCAAACUCCAUUCGGGAAAUGUCUCAUCGCCGUAACCGACAUAGACGAAGAUGUGGCGUAUUUGACGUUCUUUGAUGAUGAGGCGUCAGCUCUCGCAGAUCUAAAGGUGAAAUGGCCUUUGACUCGCAUAUCAGAGGAUACCGAAAACAAGACGGACGCUGUCGUUGCGAAAAUUUUUCAUCCUGACGAUCCUCAGCUUCGUACGGUUCAUGUAAUCAUGAAAGGCACAGAGUUUCAAAUUAAAGUUUGGAGGUCUCUGACGGAAAUUCCUAUAGGGACGGUCACUACGUACGAGAAAGUUGCACAGAUGGUGGAUUGCAAUCCCAAAGCCGCAAUAGCAGUGGGAAAUGCAAUUUCCAAAAAUUAUGUUGCCUAUAUUAUACCAUGCCAUCGUGUAAUAGCGAAGAACAUGCGCCUUCAAGGCACUAAGUAUGCCUGGGGAAGUGAACGGAAAGUAGCUAUUCUGGAAUAUGAAAAAAAGCAACUUUUGUUAUAAAUUAAUAUCUGUACAAGUAUAGAAUAUAUAUUUUUAAUAUAAUGAAGUACUUUACACAAACUUAA